UCCGAUGUUUCUUCUUUCUUUUCGUUUUAUUUUCUCCCCCUGUCGUUAUUAUUCUCUCUUUUUCGUUUUCUCUCCCAUGUCUCCUGUCCUCUUGGAAGCAACUCCCUUUCAUGCCAAAAGGGCCAGGAGUGCCAAUGUGUCCAAUGGACCAUCCAGGACCAGGACAUUACUCCUUGCUGGGGAGGAGGAGGGUGGAGCAGAAGAGCAGCUCAAAGGAGCGUGGAUCGGUCGGGGAGAAGAGUGGCUGCUCCUGUCUCGAUUGGACCAAUGAGUCUGUGGGAAUUUGUUAGCUAAAAUUUCCAGAGGGUGAGAAAAGAGGACAAUACUCACAGUUGAGACGCAGG